UGGCAUGGUGGAGAAGCGGACAUGAUUAUUGUGAUGGUGGCAGGCGGCAGCCAGUGACUACAGACUUCCGCCACUGCUUCCCAUAUCCGCGUUUUGCACCGUCUAGGCUACUCUAGUUGCCUCACAGCCGGACUACCGAGGGCGCUUGUGCGCUUCCCCCCAACUCAACAACAUCUUCACCGGGAUUUCUUUCAAACCAAAACCAUAUGAGAUGCAAGUUCACUGGGAAACUCCGGAGCCCGUUCGGUUCAGGCAGCAAAACUUUUUCUCAAAGGACAACGCCGUAAAACGGCGACUGGACUGUUACUGUUGCUGCCGCUGCUGCUCCUCCGCGGGACGGUUUGUGUGUAUAUGACCACUGAGUGCCUGCUAACCUCCAUACCUUCACCGUUUUGUUGUUUUUUUCCUGCUUAGUUGUUGUGAGCAGCGUGGCAGCGGUUUUAUUGUUGAAUUCAGUUUGGGGCUUGCCCGGGUCUCACUCACGCUGGGUGUUAUUUGUGUUGUCGGGAGCGGUUUGUUUGGAAACAGUACCGAGGAGGGAAGAAGAAACGGUCAUUCGCGAUCCCUGAACCGUAUGACUACUAGGCUCAAAGCCCUUUAAACCUUCCCGGUUGUUGCUCGCUUCGGCGGCUGUUGUCGGUCGUUUCUUUCUUCCGCUGCCCGGUUGCUUGGGACCCUUCACCGGGGAGGACAGAGAGGGAGAGGACACUAGGUGGUGGAGGUGGAGGAAGAGGUGGUCGGAGGAGGAGGAGGUGGCGGCGGUGGCGGCGAGCUUGACGGGGAGAAAAGUUCUUCCAAAAUAGCAGCCACUCGGCCCAGUGAUGGGGGACUUCGCCUCCCCCGCUGCCGGACCCAACGGCAGUAUCUGCAUCAACAACAGCAUGAACCCGGCCGCCGGGAGCGUGGUGCCCGCCGGAUCGGUGGGCAUGCCUAAGCACAGCACCGUGGUGGAGAGGCUGAGGCAGCGGAUAGAGGGCUGCCGGAGACACCACGUAAACUGCGAGAACAGGUACCAGCAAGCCCACGCCGAGCAGCUGGAGAUAGAGCGGAGGGAGACGGUCAGCCUGUACCAGCGGAGCCUGGAGCAGAGGGCCAAGAAGUCCGCCGGCGGGAGCAGCAAGCAGCCGCAGAGCAAGCAGCCGGACCCGGACUCUGCCUCCUCCACGGAACAGAGGAAUAACACGCUAAUAGCGCUCCAGGAGACUGUAAAGAGGAAACUGGACAGUGCACGAUCGCCCCUCAAUGGAGACCAGAACGGCAUCUGUGAUGGAGGCAGCUACUCACCGACCACCAAACGGGUACGAAAGGAGGGCUCUGGUGGUUUGGACGCACUAACAGGUCUCCCUAACAACAACAAUAACAGUGUACCACCCAUCUCUCCUCUGCAUCACCAAAUGGACAUUAAGCCUUUACUCGGCGGGCCCAACACUUCCGCCGGAAACAACACUACAAACAGCAAUGGCAACCAUGUAGGCCGGGCGUCCGAUGAGCUGGGGAAGAAUGGUGGCAGCCAUCUCCCAGACGUGAAGCUGAACGGCUCACUGGACCUCGAGGACAGUUUCGGCCUCCUCAAAGACCUGAAACAGGAGCCGCUGGAUGACGGAGGUGGGAUGGAGUCCUCUGAUCCCCAGUCUCUGUCCAAUCAGAACAAACUGUUCUCUGACAUCAACCUCAAUGACCAGGAGUGGCAGGAGCUGAUCGAUGAGCUGGCCAACACCGUGCCAGAGGACGAUAUGCACGACCUCUUCAAUGAGGACUUUGAGGACAAGAAAGAGGCGGAGUUUGGCAGGCCGGCAAACAAUCAGACUCCAGGCCCGCAGGAAGCAGCUGGGAACACGACUGCACCUGGAGGGGGGGCGGCGCCAGCAGCAGCCCUGCCUCCGCCUCCACAGCCUCCACAGGGAGGUCCGCAGGUUCCUAUAGGCUCACCACAGGUCCGACCAUCAUCAUCAGGCCCUCAGUUUGCCACCACUGCCAAUGGAACACCUCCGCAGCAACCACUGCAGCAGUCUCCAGCCGUUGCCAUGGCAUCAGGUUCACCAUUGCACAACUGCGUGGCCCGUUCCCCUCAAACCCCAACCCAGGCUCAGACACAAGCAGUCUCUAGGCCUGGGAAUGGAUACAUGAUGAACCCGGGCCCAGGGGUCAGUCAGGCAGGAACAGGAACUGGAGCAGCUGGGGUUGCCCCUGGAGGUCAGUCUGUGGGGCCAGUGACGCCUGAACUUUCUCCAGCAGAGCAGCUGAAAGCAAUGGCUCAGCAACGUGCUAAACUGCUGCAGCAGAAGCAGCAGCAGCAACAAGCAGCUAACUGGUCCCCUGCAGGCGCUCCAACCAGUCCCUAUAACUCCGGUCCCUUUAACCAGGACAAACCCAACAGCCCCAUGAUGUACCCACCGCAAGCCUUUAACACACCACAGGGCCCUCUAGUGGCUGGGAUGGCCCCCAACAAUGGGCCCAAAGCCCCCAUGAGUAACUACCUCCCUCACAACCAUAUGAGCAUGAUGGGUCAGCAGCAGCCAAACAGCAUCAACCAGAACACCCUGACCAAACAACAGCAGCAGCAGCAGCAGCAAACGGCAGCCAUGUUGUCCUACAACAACACCAAACCACUGAGUCACUUCAGUGGCAGUGGGGUGGAUCACAUAGGCCAGAGGAUGACUCCACCCAUGGGAGGGAACAGUCAGGUCAAGAACCCCAUGAUGCCUCCCUACAUGGGUGGUGGAGGAGGCGGGGGCCAGGGAGCGGGGCCAGGGCAGACCCAGGGGCCGAUCCCAGGACAGACAGCCCACCUGAGUGAGGAGCAGAAGAGGAUGUUGCUGAUGAAGCAGAAAGUGUUGAACCAGAACAUGCCCUACAGCACCAUGCAGCCUCAUGGACAGGAGCAAGGUGUGGUGGGCAUGUCACGACCGCCGGGCGCUAUCCCUCCUCCUCACCCUGGUGGGGGUGUGGCCUCAGGAGUAGGCCCCAACCAGGGGUCGGGACCACCUCCAGGCUAUGUGGGCAAUCAGCAGCAGGCGGCCAUGAUGAAGCAGAUGAUGGCGAUGGAGCAGGAGAAGAGGGUGCAAAUGCACAUGAUGGAGCAGCAGAAACAGCAGCUCUUCAGAGAACAGAGACAACAGCAGCAGCAGCAACUACUGGCUGAACAGCUCCAACAGCAGCAGCACCUCCCCAGACAGAUGGGCCAGGGCCAGAGGAAUCCAUACCCCCAAGUCAGUCAAUACCAAGGUCCUCCUCAGGAUCUGGCAUCCAGGAGCCAGGCUCUGCAGAACAUUCGGGCCGCCCGACUCCUACAACAGCAACAGCAGAACCAGCAGCAGAUGGUCCAGAUGAGUUCUGUUCAGAGCCAAGGGGGCUCUGUGGGACCCCAAACUGACAUGGGCCUACCCUAUGGCAACCAGGGGUCUAACCAGGGUUCCCUGUAUGCGCUCAACCCCUCCAUGAGCCAAAUGAUCCACCAGCAGCAGCACCAGAGCCAAAGCGUCCAAGCCUCCAUGGGUCUUCCACCGCAGCACAACUCCGCUGGAGGACCGCCCCGGCAGGCAGGUGCGGGUCCUGUGGUCGGCGGUAUGCCCGGAGGUCCUGGAGGUGGUGGAGCUGGAGGGUACGGGGGACAGGGGAUGUUAAUGAACUCCAUGACCCAGCAACCCCUCAAAGGCCCUCCCAAUGCCAAAGCCCAGGCACAGAGACUGCAAAGCAUGCUGGGAGCAGGAGGAGGAGGCGGGGGAAUGGGGGCGGGCGGCUGGCCGCAGCACCAAGGACAGAGUCUGCAGGCCAUGGGAGGAGCAGUCGGAAGGACUACAGGAGGGGGGGGGGGAGACAUGGUGGGGUUCAGCUCGGCCCAGGGUUAUGGGAUGCAGCCGGGUCAACCCCCUCGCAUGGCCAAGCAACACUUUCAGGGCCCGGGACAGGGGAUGAGCCAGGGGAUGGACCCCAGGGUGGGCAACCCAGCUGCGGGUAUGGGUGGCCCAAUGAUGGGCCCUCACAUGGGCGGUCAGCCCAGGACCAACCAGCCCCGACCCAUGGUCAUGAACCAGGGAAUGAACCAGGGGGUGAUGGGCCAGGGGAUGACUGGGAUGGGGGGUUUCGGGCCGGGCCCUGGGGGGCCAGGAAUGGGGGCAGGGGGAGGAGGAGGUGGACCUUACGGACCUGGAGGAGUUGGGGUUGCAGGUCAGCCGCAGGGCUACCAGAGGACAGCCAAUCAGGACAUGUCAUCCUAUGGAUAUGGGGGCGGGCCCUCAGGUGGCGGAGCCUUCGGAUUGGGCGAUGGCUCAGGGGCGGAGCUGGACUCAAGCGAUGGUUGGAUGGAGGAGUUUUUCCCGAGCCAAUAGCCAACAGGGAAACUGGAGAUGAGUUUUUACUGGAUGAAUUAAACAUUAAAGUAGGACAAAUUAAAACCUGAGAAAGAAACAAACAAAAAGGACGACACGACGUGGACUGGCAUGUUUUUGUUUUGUAAAACAUGAGCAAGGUUAUAAAUGAGUUUGUGUGUUAUGUUUUGUUUGUGAGUGUGUGUGUGUGUGCAAGUGUGUGAUGGAGCGAGCGAUCAUUAUGUCUCGUGCAUAUUAAUGAAAAACCAAUAUAGAGAUUAAGAGGUGUGUUUCAUUAGUUUCCCUUUUUUCUCCACCGAAUGAAUUUUUCUCAUGUUCCAGUGUUUGAAAGCGAGCCUCGUUUACACAGCAGCGCUUUGAGCCCGAGCUUCAGCAGGGGCUGAUUGAACACCGCAGACUGAUGAAGGGGAAGGAAGACUUGUUCUCAAGACAGCCAUUUAUUUGUGUUUGUGUGUUUGUGCCACCCAGCUCAGUGCUUCAGAUCUCUCAACUAUGCGAAGAGCUGAAGGGAGUAGAAAGCACUCUCAACGCUCCCAUUUCCUCUCUUAGAUUCGUGCCCCUCCAUAUACACACACACACACACACAUACACACACACUCACACUCACACACACGUACGCAAAUCUGUCUCCCUCACACUCUCUCACUCUGGGCUCUUCACUUGAUCUCUUUCUCUCUCUCUCUCAUCCUCCUUCCAUCUCUCCUUCCGUCUUUCCCACCCUCUCUCCGGAGACUCGUUCCUCACUCUCAACACUCCUUUCUCUGUUUAAAUUGUGAGCAUCACAACAGAACAAAUGAUGUUCGUCUAUUGUGCCACACAAGCACACUCUGCCCUCUAGUGCUUUUGCUAGGCAACCGACCUGGGUGGCAUUUUUGGGGGGGGUUUCAUUUCCUGUGCGUGGCUGUGUAUGACGGGUAUGCAUGUGGAGGAAGACAAAGAGAAUAGGCAGCUAAAGCAAGCAUUUGGAAAAGCUUACACACACACACACACACACACACAUAUAUAUAUGUGUGUGUGUGUGUGUGUGUGUGUGUGUGUGUGUAUACACGAACCAACAAACAGAUAAACAAGCAUCAGCCCGGGAGGAUGAGCGGAUGUGUUAGAGGCAGCUAAAAGAGCUUAUAUUACAUUAAACCCUCUGCCUGUGUGACACAAACCACAUCACAUGCAUCAGGCUGACACAAAGCAAAACGAUUCGCUGGGCACUGAAUGUAUUCAAGCACCACAAGUGACUUCUUCUUGUUAUGGGAAAAAAAAAAUGCUUAUUGAAAGCCCACCUACAUUGUUUUGUUUGUUGCUGUGUUAUUUCUAACAAUGAUGCUGGUUGAGUCUUUGUCGAUUAAAAAGAAAAAAAAAGUUUAAAUUAGCCUUCUUUUAGUUUGUGUUGUCUUCUGAAUAUCUGUUUGUCCUCCCGUCACACCACAGCCUUCUCCUCCAUUGUGACACAGCUGGUUGUCAAUCACCGUAGCCCUGCUUUACAUCGUGGCUUCUCUUGUACCGCAGCUAUAAAACGCCCUUGCUCCGAACUAGAACGUAACUGUGCUAUACUGUAACACUACUGUGAAGAAAUACAAGUUGUCCCCUUCCAGCGCUUUACUAGGAAAAUGAACCACUGCUAAGCCUUGAGUUUGUUUUAGAGACAGCAGAGAAACUUCAGACCGCUGAUUGGGCUUAAAGGGUGGCAACGGUUAGCGCCAGUUAGCAUUAAAACAACCAGUGCUUCCACUGAAGUCAGUGUCUCCCCUUCUCUGAGGAAACUGUAGGCUUUACACCACGCCUUAUGGCUUCAUUCAUCGUCAACAGGCUGUCCACUCUUUUGCCCUAAUGGUUGAGUAAUAAAUAUGUGUCAAAUAGGUUUUAAUACAGUAGUCGUUGGUAAGAUAACACCUUACUUCUCUAACUGUUUUGUAAUCUUGGUUAAAAGAUGAAUGAAAGCGAGUCUGUGCGUGCAUUACUUUGUAUUUAGCUCAUCAGAGUGAAAGUUUAGAGGAUGAUGCUGUAAUCAACAAACCAAAAAGCCUUCUUCUCUGUAAACUAACUCCUUGCCAUCAACACAUUUGUUCUCAUGGUCGUUGGUGUUGUAUAAUCCAACCCUUUAAAUACAAAUCUUUAACCACCGCGCCCAUUGUCCUGUAAGUGUUGCUGCGUUUGGUAGCACCCACGAAUGAGGUUCUGUACUUUGGUUUCUGUCAUGUUUGUGGAGCAGAAGUUCUCCGUCUCACAGUGUGGAGUUUGAAGGUCAAGGGCAGACAAAUGUAAAGGGUUGUAGCAUUCCCCAGUUUUAUCAGGGGAGAGAAUGGUUAAAAAAAAAAAUGAAACCCUGUGUCGGUGUCUAGAUAAACUAUGGACUGUUUGAGCCUCCCUGCUCAUACUUCCAAAACUUUGAUAGCGCUCCAGUACUCCAGGCAGGCUCACAUGAAAAUUAGGAGAGUCAGACCAGUGAAAUGGAGGCAGUGUGUAGGAAGACACCUGAGAGUAACCACUCCAAACUGGAGGCAGGACGGUAGAGAAACACUUCUGGGUCAGUGUUAAGGUCACAGCCUUUGUGACCCUUUUGUCUUCUUCAGAGUGAGGGUUCAUGAUAUGGUUUGAAAUCCCUUCAGGAAGAGAGGAAGCUUCCUCCAUAUAUCAUUAUGUACCGGGACCAAGUCUGUAGACAACAUUUUAACAAAAAUUGUUGUUGUUGAUGUUCUUUGUUUUAUUUUAUUCGUUUUUUGUUCUUUUUUUUUACUGGUGCUGACAUAUAUGUGAUUAUGAGAAAAAGUAUAUAAAAGAUAAUGGCUAUUUGUAAAUAUGUUUUUACAGGUUUAAAUACAUCAGAUAAUACAGUCUCUACUCUGUAAAGAAUUUACUGUUUGUUGGAAAAAUAGAGAAGUAUUUUUAUUUUUAAGUUUUUUGGUUUUACUUUUAACCCAUCUGAGCUAUGCCAUUGCACUUCAGACAAUGUCUUACUACUAAUUUGUAUUGUAAACCUCUUCUCUUUUUUGGAAUUUUUUUCAUUUGUUUUUUCUAGUUUGAGAUUUGACUCUGUUCUUAAGCAGUGCUUAUUUCUUUUUAUCCUGUACAGAAUUCUGAAAUGUUAACAAAAGAGAGUUACAAAAGACAUUUUGUUUGUUUGUUUUUCAAAAAGAUACAAUAAAGAGAUAAUGUUCUCGCUGAUCAUAUUAAAUAAAAGUUUCUGUUGUUCAUUG